GGAGCGCUCAGUAGCACGUUAACCGUCGCCGACGCUGCCGCCGCCGCCGUCGCAGCAGCAGCAGCAGCCGCCUUAGUGCCGCGCCGUUUCACCGCGUUAUCUCGCCGCCGCCCGCACACGGACAUGCAAACGGAGACGGGUAGAUGACCACCUAUAUUAUACUGCACUUAUAAUAUACUACCCAAGGAAAAUGGAUCUGACAGAGCCAUUAUACGUCACAAUUACUUCCCCGCACAUCUCGGCAAUUGGCAGACGACGACGACGACGACGAACGACUUAAAUGACUCAAAUACUGAUAAGCUUUGUUGACGACAACGACAAAAUUUAAGUUCAGCGAGGUGUUWUUUGAUUUACAAGAAAUUUUUUUUUCGUGAAACGUGUGCUCAAUUUUUUUGCAACUUGAAACACCCCGGUCGUAUAAUUUAUAGUAUAAUAAUAAUAAAUAAUAAGUGAACGAAUCAAAACCUAAGAAACCGCYGCGAAUAUGCAAACGACAUGCGGUCGGCCGAUAAGGCUAGAGGACGGCGACGGCCKCGCGUCAUGAUGAGCUGAUGGAUGACGACGGGCCGGCAGCGGUGGACGACGCGGCGGCGGCGGCGAUCGAGCAGCAGUUGGAGAAGCAACAACGCGAAGAGGCGGAGAGGAAGCGGUUGGAACAGCUCCGGGAGCGGGUGCUGUUCUACCUGACCACAUUCUUCAUACUGCUGGGCAUCGUCAGCCUGUUCGUAUUCCUGUUCCUGGUGCCGUUUCUCAUCGAGCCGGCCAUCACAACCAUACUGAUGGAGUUCGACGAGACGCCGACGACGUGCGUGACCGCGCAUUCGGAGCUCCGCGAGGGCGCGUCGAACUGCUCGCUGCCAGGCGGCUGGUCGUCGUGCCGCGAGGGCUGCACCCGAGAGAUAUACGAGUGCGCGCAGAUAUUCGUCAACUACACCGUACACGGGGACCGGGCGAGAGACUUGAACGCCCGGCACCGGCGGUCGCUGCUCGUUCGCGGCUACCAGCCCAUCGAGCCCGAGCCGGCUACCGGGUGGGCGUACUCGCUGGCCCGCAUAUACCCCAACGUCAAAGGGUGUGGUUACCCGCCGCACCUGAACUGCACCACGUUCCGGGAACGGUACUUCGAGGUGGGGUCCAGCUACCCGUGCUACUACAGCCGCGUCGAACCUUGGGUGGUCAUCACUGAACUGGACCUUGCCAAAAGCACCAGACAGCUGGUGUACUCGAUGGUUUUCCCUAUUCCGUGUUUCGUCGUGUCCGUCGUGUAUGUAGCGCUCGUCUAUUUCUGCGUGUACGCCGGCCGGAACCGCAAGCCCAAGGUCAAGCGGCGUGUCGUCCGGCGGAUGGUCGGCGGCGGCGGCACGACCGGAAGCAACGUCGGCACCGGUAGCGGAGUGGGUUACGGCGGUGGUGGCGGUGGUUCCGCGUCUCGGGCUAAGUCUGCAGGUUCGGAAGCUACACCGCUUACUAACAACAGUGGCGCCGCUGGCGCACCCUCUUCGCCCACCGGCACCGGAACGCCCGGAAGUGAAUCGUUGUACCGCCGGCGAGAUGACGACAACGAAGACGACGAUGCGUCUGGAUCGUACUACGGCGAACAGCUCAGGUCCACGCUGGCCGUGGACGACUCUACCGCCGGUUACGUGAAUGCGCUCCGCUUAUCCGAACACACGCUYAGACAAUCAGACUCCAACGAACCGUCCAGAUGCGAGUGGUCCGACGACGACGACGACGAGUAUGAAGCGAGCGCGUGCGAGAGCAGCCUCGAACGGUCAGUAAAAAUCGUCUCCGCCACCGCCUCUGCCGCACCGUUUCCAACGAAUUCCACCGGAAACUUGACCAAGACGAUGACGACGUGUAUCUUAACUCCCCCUGGGCCGACGGCAGAAGUCUAAAAAGAAAUCUGCAUCAGAUCGAUAACAUUUCCUGGAAGCCCACCAAAUGAUUUAAUACAAUACGCGACACUAUAUUAUUAUUUACUAUAGUAUUUUAUUAAAUUCUGAUCCGUAUCGUACGCGGACUGUUUUCGUUUUUCUAUAAAAAUACCUUUACGCGUUUGCAAUUAAUAUUGUUAUACAUAGAUAACGUUUGAUUAAAUUUUCAUUCAGAUUAAAAUAUUUUAGCGGUUUUCCGCUGCAUGUUCAAAUUACGAUUAUAUAAUAUUUACUAUACAGUGAUUUGUCUGCAGUACCAUUAACAAUCAUUAUAUAAUACAGAAUAACAGUAAUCUAGGUMAAUAUAUGUGACAUAUAAUAUUUAUGUAUCCGGUAUCGCUGUCAACACGAUCGCGAUUCGCGAGGCCAGUGUUUCAGAGCCCUCAAAAUAUAUUGCGUUUUCAUCCGUUACACACUUACAUCUACCUACUAAAUAAUAAUAUAAUAAAUGCUAGUAACAUGCAGGCAAACGGUCAGCGAGAAUAACAGAAUCAGUAGUGUCCGACUGGUCGUCUUUUAUUCAAACGAUAUGACGUGACUUGUGCGUGUCCAUUAAAGUAAACUAUUCGACGGUAAUAUAAUAUGUACGCGCGCAUUUCUUUCGUCUGGAAACCGCGUAGAAUUUUAGAUGUUUUUCUCUUUCGUGCCCACUCGAUCACGUUCUAUGUAGUAGGUACAUAUUAUAGUAUACAAUAUAACAUGGCGGCGUCACACUCGGAUCGGGUCAACCAUUACCAAGGCCAAAUGUCUUAGACGCCGCCAAGACGUCUGUAAUCAGUUAUUUAAACACUUUUUUCGUUUCAUUAAAAAAUCGUUUUGUGUUUAUAAAAAUAAUAUUAUUCACAAGAAUCCAUACGAAGCCACUUUUAAAGAAAUAUAUUAACUUUGAUAUCGGCGGAGCGGAGAAAAACAUUAUAUUUAGAUUUGCAGGAAAACUUUCCGAAAGUYCGUACGGUUUUAUUUUUUAUUAUUAUUUAUAUAUAUACAUAUAAUUUCGUCGUCGACUCUAUAGCGCGCACUUUUCGCACGAAUGGAUACGAUGUAUACAGGGCGAGCAGCCGGAUUUUCCUGUUUUUCCGUCUCAACUAUACGCAUCAUAUCAAAAAACAUCGGUCAGUGAUCCGCCCUGUGUACGGCUAUAUAGUUGCGUGUUGUUUAUUAUAUCGUCGUCACACAUACUUAUGGCAUUGUCCGUCAGAUUCGGCACAAAUUGUAAUUUGUAAUAACAAUAACAGCAACAACGACAGCGACAAUAUUGGCACAAGUGCCCACAAUAAUAUUAUUAUAAAUGAUAAAGGUAAACCGAGCCAUAUACGCGGGGUUGUAUAGUGAUAAUAUUAUUAUUAUUUAUUGUUGUUGCAGUGAUUGGUGAAUUUUGUUUGAUCGUAAGUAGUUACGUACCUAGUAUGUAUAUAGUGCUAUACGUAAGCCGGAUACGCAAUGAUUGACACGUAUAUGAUACACGCAAAUUUAAAUAAUCAUCGCAAACCGUUGGAAUCGGUACACGGCCCUACUAUCAGUGCUCAAUAAUGUCAUGACGUUAAAUCGUAUAUAGGGCAUACAAUGUGAUGAGAAUUAUAGGCGUGGGCUCUCGGUAAACAUUUGGCAGACUCGACYGCCCUGCAAAUCAAAUCGCAUCAUCGAGGUAAAAACUAUGUACACUGAAAAAUCAUUUUUCUGCAAUUUGGAAAGUGAACCUAUAAUAGUGUUGUUUUUCUUCUUUAUUUCUUCUGUACACAUCCAGAGAGAUACCUAACCUAACCAAUUAUUUAGAGUAAUAACUAUUACAGAUCCGGACCGAAUGCUGUAAAUUUAAUUUUCAGAAAAACAACGUCGAUUUAGCUUAAAUAAAAAUACGUAUAUAAUAUCGAAGGAAGAUACAAUUUUACUAUAGGUUUUGCAUGCUUUGAUUUUGACGAGUAUAUGGCGCGAGUCGAGGAAGCACGGCCGUUUACAUUUCCCCACAGACAUUUUACAAUAAUGGCAAGACAGUAUUUCACAGAUGCUCGGCUUUUAUAUAAUAUAAAACCCUCGUAUCUCUGUAGUGAUUUCGUACAGCAUGCGACCUACACCUGAUCGUAUCACGAUGAUUAUCGUCCACCCCUCCCCCCCUCAAAUAUAUAUUAAUUACUAUAUAGUAGUCGAUCAUUCGAGAAACAAAUGUUGUAGGUCACGGUGUACUAUUUAGCUGUUGAAUGGUAAUAGUAGUAAUAAUUUUUAUUAUAAUUUUUAGAUAUAUGGCCUAAUAAAAUAACGAUUAUAAAAUAUUCCUAACUAGUCGUGAUUGGGUGGGGGGGGAGUUGGUUAUAUCCGUAAAAUGCCAUUUCGUAUACAUAGUGGGCGCCAUAUUCUAUUCUAUUCACAUAUAUUCAACAGACCUCGUAUGUCAUAUAGAAAUUAUUAUUGUUGUUGYUGUUGUUGUUGUUGCAUACCCGUAAUUGAGCUCAGAAAAGUGUGUACCUUUUAAUGGUACGUAUACAUCGACAUAACGAUGUUAAAAUGACCGUGUGAAGAUGACUGCUUUUGUAGUACCUACGAUGAAAUAUUGGCCAUAAUACUUUUAUUGUUAUUAUUUCAUUAAUUUAAAAACUAAAUCUACUGUAAUAAUAUACUUAAAUAUCAUUUCCAAAAAGACUGAUACGUGCUAUUCGUUGUAGAUAUAAUAAUAUUAUUGUGACGUGUUUAAUAUUAAAUGAUGAGCAUAGUCGUAAGAUCUCAAAUU